AGCUGACAACCCCCUUCCUGAAGAAGUCUCACACCCCUCCUCUCCAUGAGGACGCCAACACCGUGGUCAUCGCAGUCGUCAUCACCCUGGUGUUCCUCACCCUGCUGACGGUCCUGGUGGUGAUCAUCAUCUACCUGUACAGAAACAAAGGCAGCUACCUCACCUACGAGCAGCCGGCGGCGGAGCCCGACGUGUCGGUGCAGAUGGAGGAUGCUCCACCCAAGGAGAAGGAAGAGUACUUCAUCUGA